AUGUCGGGCGACAAACUCCUGAGCGAACUUGGCUAUAAGCUGGGCCGCACGAUCGGCGAGGGCAGCUACUCCAAGGUGAAGGUGGCCACGUCCAAGAAGUACAAGGGUACGGUGGCCAUCAAGGUGGUGGACCGACGGCGGGCGCCGCAGGACUUCGUCAACAAGUUCCUGCCGCGCGAGCUGUCCAUCCUGCGGGGCGUGCGGCACCCGCACAUCGUGCACGUCUUCGAGUUCAUCGAGGUGUGCAACGGGAAGCUGUACAUCGUGAUGGAGGCGGCAGCGACCGACCUGCUGCAGGCCGUGCAGCGCAACGGGCGCAUCCCUGGCACGCAGGCGCGCGACCUCUUCGCGCAGAUCGCCGGUGCCGUGCGCUAUCUGCACGACCACCACCUGGUGCACCGCGACCUCAAGUGCGAAAACGUGCUGCUGAGCCCGGACGAGCGCCGCGUCAAGCUCACCGACUUCGGCUUCGGCCGCCAGGCGCACGGCUACCCAGAUCUGAGCACCACCUACUGCGGCUCGGCCGCCUACGCGUCACCCGAGGUGCUCCUGGGCAUCCCCUACGACCCCAAGAAGUACGACGUGUGGAGCCUGGGCGUCGUGCUCUACGUCAUGGUCACCGGGUGCAUGCCCUUCGACGACUCGGACAUCGCCGGCCUACCCCGGCGCCAGAAGCGCGGCGUGCUCUACCCCGACGGCCUCGAGCUGUCCGAGCGCUGCAAGGCCCUGAUCGCCGAGCUGCUGCAGUUCAGCCCCUCGGCCAGGCCCUCGGCGGGCCAGGUGGCGCGCAACGGCUGGCUGCGCGCGGGGGACUCCGGCUAG